UCGGAUGUCGGGCAAUCUUAUUAGAAGUCGGACAAAAUUUCAGCGGCCGGAUGCAGAAGAAUCUGGACGAGAAUAUGUACUCACGAAGAACCACCAACUGACCCAUCCCCGAGGAAUCCAGCCAUUCGGAAUCAGGAAGAAAAACGAUCGGCAAGCAGUGGAGGAACGGUGCAGGAGGAUCGAGGUGCAUCAACCCCCUGCUUACCGAUUCUUCGUGCCAGAAGUCGGCCGCAGUUACGGAGCCCUCGAAAGGGUGUCUCCGAUCUUUCGAUCAGCCCUUAAAAUCACAUCGUUAAAAGCGUGUGCCCGGUUCUCGUGGAGUUUCCUCGAGGAAGAUCCGCGAGAUCGGUCCUUCGCGGCAAUCGCUCCUCCCGGGCUACCCUGGCCAAGUACUCUUCAGCCCCGUCAGGCUGAUUUGCAUCACGGUUACGAGCUCGUUCGAGCUCGUGGUGGUUAUAUUACAGAGCAAGAGAGAGAAAGGGAGGGUUACGAGCAGGAUGGAAAAAGGGAGACAGAAAAGGGUGCCUCUCGCGCGUCCGCGUUCCACCCCCAAAGGCACCUCGCAGGAGGCAGCUCGGACACUCAUAACAAUCAUAACAACGGGAUCCCGCGAGUAACUCGCGGACCACCUCCGCGCAUCGGGACCGCCCCCAGUACCGCCUACGAUACCCCUUCCACUUGAAACGAGCAUUGGUUGCCAGCUAGG